ACGGUCGAUCGACUCGUCGAUGGCCCACUUGGCAGGCACAUCGAGACCUACGGGCCUUCUAUAAAAGGCUCACCCUCCCGACCGGGUUUCCUGCUUGCCAUCGAACGUCUAAUCGCCUCACCCACACAGAAAAGGCAAAAGGAAACAAAAACCUCCUAGAACUUCCGGGGAGUUGCCCCAGAGAUUUCCGGCGGAACCUCGCUUCAGGAUGGCACCCACGGCGACGGCGACGGCGGCGGAGCAGAGCCAGCAGCACACCAAGAAGGCGGUCGGUCUGGCGGCGCUCGACGCCUCCGGCCACCUCUCCCCGCUCGCCAUCACCCGAAGGAGCACCGGAGACGACGAUGUCGUGAUAAAGAUUCUGUAUUGCGGGAUCUGCCACUCUGACCUGCACAGCAUCAAGAACGACUGGAAGAACGCCAAGUACCCCAUGAUCCCUGGGCACGAGAUCGCCGGCGAGGUCACCGAGGCCGGCAAGAAUGUGACCAAGUUCAAGGCCGGCGACCGCGUCGGCGUCGGGUGCAUGGUGAACUCAUGCCAGUCCUGCGAGAGCUGCGACAAGGGCUUCGAGAACCACUGCCCGGGCAUGAUCUUCACCUACAACUCGGUCGACCGUGACGGCACCCUCACCUACGGCGGCUACUCCAGUAUGGUGGUGGUGCACGAGCGCUUCGUGGUCCGGUUCCCUGACGCCAUGCCGCUGGACAAGGGCGCGCCCCUGCUGUGCGCCGGCAUCACCGUGUACAGCCCCAUGAAGUAUCACGGGCUGAACGUUCCCGGGAUGCACCUCGGGGUGCUGGGACUGGGCGGGCUGGGCCACGUCGCCGUCAAGUUCGGCAAGGCCUUCGGGAUGAAGGUGACGGUGAUCAGCUCGUCGCCGGGGAAGAAGCAGGAGGCCCUCGAAAGGCUAGGCGCUGACGCGUUUGUUGUCAGCAAGGACGCCGACGAGAUGAAGGCUGCGAUGAGCACCAUGGAUGGCAUCAUAAACACGGUGUCUGCAAACAUCCCGAUGGCCCCUCUCUUCGGCCUACUGAAGCCCAACGGCAAGAUGAUCAUGGUCGGCCUCCCAGAGAAGCCUAUCGAGGUCCCUCCAUUUGCUCUGGUUGCCAGUAAGUUCACCUCUCCGAUCUCGCUCGCAACUGGAAGAAAUCAUGCGAUCGCAGGCAUUUUGCGCGUAACUGAUACCCAUAUUGUGCGCGUGGCUGAAUGUACAGGGAACAAGACCCUGGCCGGGAGCUGCAUCGGCGGCAUGAGGGACACCCAGGAGAUGCUAGACCUCGCGGCCAAGCACGGCGUGACGGCAGACAUCGAGGUGAUCGGCGCGGAGUACGUGAACACGGCCAUGGAGCGCCUUGCCAAGGCCGACGUCAGGUAUCGAUUCGUCAUCGACAUCGCCAACACCCUCGACAAGGCGGCCGCCGCCCCCGCUACAACCGAGUGACCGCCGACGUUACUCUCAGCACUGCUCACGGUCUACGUUGGUCUCUGGUUCUCUGCGAUUAUCACAUACUUUAUCUGUAGUAGUAACAAUGAACAGUCUAAAAUUAUUGUAAGUGAUGUAUGCAUGCAUGGUGCUAUGUUGUUCGUGAGAAAACUGAGUUGGGUGAUGGAUGACAAGGUUGGCUUCUUGCCGUGAUAAUGGACUGCCUGCUUAGCUUCGUGCGCCGAGGAGGCUAUCUGUACCUCGUGGCCACAAUAAUUACUCCAUCCAUUCCACGUCAAAAUAUAGGAAUUUUGUUCCAUUAA